AUGGUUGAGAGGCCCAGGAAGUUUACCAUGCCUUCCUUUACUCAGUUCGAUGGUACAGGAGAUCCUUUUCGUCAUCUGGAUCACUACGCCCAGAAGAUGGCUCUGGACGACCGCAAUGAUCCUUGGUUAUGCAAAGUUUUCCCCACCAGUCUAACAGGAGCAGCACUAGAAUGGUUCAAGAACAGGCCACACAGAUCCCUUAGGCGCCAAGAGGAGAGCAUGAUAGCCCGAGGUGAGUUGGCAAAUUACCUCACGGUGAAUGAGUACGUGAAGCCCCGAGAGGUCAACCCUUGUAAAGUGGAGGAUAAUCAAGUAAAAGUCAUUCAUGCGAGACAUGGCAGAUCUGAAAAUGAUCAAGAGUCUGAGGAGGUUUACAGAUCCAGAUUGAGGGUAGCCCAUAAGCUCAGAAGGCUAACCUCGGUCAAUACUAUCGCCUCGGGCAGCAUCAGCAUAGGGUUCAGCAAUAGUGACUUGUCCAGAGUUCAGCUUCCCUAUGAAGAUCCAUUGGUCAUCAGCCUCUUAGUGGCAAAUUGUGUAAUCAAAAGGGCCUUGAUAGAUCUAGGAAGUAGUGCAAAUAUUAUCACAAGAACGGUUUUUGAGCAAUUGGGGAUACCGUCAUUUUCAAUUCGACCUACUUCCAAUCCUUUAAUGGGAUUCGACGGUACGAAGGUGGACCCCCUGGGUGUGGUAGAUUUAUCCGUCACAGUGGCCAAACGAACACUGAAGGAGAAUUUUGUCCUAACAGAAAUCCAUCCUUCAUAUAAUCUCAUCAUGGGCAGAGGCUGGAUCCACCGAAUGAAUGGAGUUCCAUCCACCCUUCACCAAGUGAUGCAGUGCUUAUCUCCGGAUGGUAAGGAGGUAAUUAAUCUAUGGGGGAAUCAAGUUGCAGCGAAAGAAUGUUAUAUGCUGACACAAGGUGAAGCGAAUAAGGUGUCUAAACCACCUCAGUCAAAUGCAACUCCCAGAGACACAACCAAAUAG